CCGCCGUUAAAGUGGUCUGAGGCGCGCCCCGCGCUUCCCCCGCCGCCGCCCUGACCAACUGAGGCGGCGGCCCAGGCUGCGAGCAGCCGCGCGGUCAGCAGGCUCGCCGGCCUCCGUCGCGUCCCAAGAGCUCGCGCCCCGCCGUGGUCCCCCGGCGUCCCGGGGCAGAGCAUGUAGCCCCCCCAGCGCCGCGUGUGUGCCCGUGUGUGUGUGUGUGCCCGCGUGUGCCCGCGGGCCCGAGGCCGACCCCCGCGCGGCCUGCCCUGACCCGGCCCCUGCGCGGGGCCUCCCCUAUGGGCCUCCUGCUCUCGAAGGAGCCGCGCCGCCGCCCGCGCCAGAAGCGGCCCCGCUGCGGCAGCUGGUGGCGCCGCCGCCGCCGGCCUCUCCUCAGGUGGCCCCGCGGGGCCCCGGCCAAGGCGGCGGCGGCGCCCCGGGGCCGGGACUGCCUCUUCCGCGGGCCCUGCAUGCUCUGCCUCGUCGUGCACGGCCCCGGCGCGCCCGCCCCCGCCGGCCCGGAGGAGGAGCCGCCGCUGUCGUCGCCGCGGCCGCUCGGGGCCUACGGCGCGGCCGCCUCCUCACAGCCCCCGGCGCGGCGCCGCGCGGGCCUGGCCGCUGAGGACGCCGCGCGCCGCCUUCUGCUCUCGGCCGCCGCCGCCGUCGCCGCGCCGCCCGCCCCCGGCCGAGGGGAGCUGGGGCCGGCCGCCGCCGCCGCCCGGGAGCGGCCGGCCCGGAGCCUCCUGUGGGCCCGCGCGGGGCCCGUGCGUCCGCCCGCGCCGCCCGCCGCCUCGCGGCUCUUCCGGGCGCCGCCGGCCGAGCCCCCCGCGCCCCCCGAGAUGGUGUGCAAGCGGAAGGGGGCCGGGGUCCCCGCCUGCACCCCCUGUAAGCAGCCCCGCUGCGGCGGGGGCGCCUGCGGCGGAGGCGGCGGCGGCGGCGGGCCUGCGGGCGGCGGCCCCGAGCAGCACCCCCCGCCGCCGCUCCGCGCCCCGCGCUCCCCCGCCGCUCCGGGAGGGGCCCCCGCGGAGGCCGGCGGGGACGCGGUCCGAGCGGGGGGCGCCGCCCCCUCGGUCGCUCGGCAGCCGCAGCACGAGUGCGGCGACGCCGACUGUCCGGAGGGCCCCGAUCCGCCGUGCGACUGCCACAGGGAGCCGCCCCCCGACGCCCCGGACAUCAACCAGCUGCCGCCCUCCAUCCUGCUUAAGAUAUUUUCCAAUUUAUCUCUGGAUGAACGUUGCCUUUCUGCAUCAUUGGUUUGCAAGUACUGGCGUGACCUUUGUUUAGAUUUCCAGUUUUGGAAGCAGCUGGAUCUUAGUAGUCGUCAGCAGGUCACUGAUGAAUUAUUGGAAAAAAUUGCAUCAAGAAGUCAAAAUAUAAUUGAAAUCAACAUUUCUGAUUGUCGCAGUAUGUCUGAUACUGGCGUAUGUGUUCUAGCAUUUAAAUGUCCUGGACUUCUUAGGUAUACAGCUUACAGGUGUAAACAGCUUUCUGACACCUCUAUUAUUGCAGUUGCCUCUCACUGUCCUUUACUUCAGAAAGUUCAUGUAGGCAACCAGGACAAACUGACUGAUGAAGGACUCAAACAGCUGGGGUCGAAAUGCAGAGAACUGAAAGACAUUCAUUUCGGCCAGUGUUACAAGAUCUCAGAUGAAGGCAUGAUCGUCAUAGCUAAGGGCUGUCUGAAAUUACAGAGAAUAUACAUGCAGGAAAACAAACUAGUGACGGACCAGUCGGUGAAGGCGUUCGCUGAGCACUGUCCUGAGCUACAGUGCGUGGGCUUCAUGGGUUGUUCGGUUACUUCUAAAGGAGUCAUUCAUCUAACCAAGCUAAGAAACCUUUCCAGCUUGGACCUACGUCAUAUCACUGAACUGGAUAAUGAAACCGUGAUGGAAAUUGUCAAGAGGUGCAAAAAUCUUAGCUCUCUCAAUCUCUGCCUGAACUGGAUUAUAAAUGACAGGUGUGUGGAGGUUAUCGCCAAGGAAGGACAAAACCUGAAAGAGCUGUAUUUGGUGUCCUGUAAAAUCACAGAUUACGCUCUGAUAGCCAUCGGGCGAUACAGCAUGACAAUAGAGACCGUGGACGUCGGCUGGUGUAAAGAAAUCACGGACCAAGGGGCCACCCUGAUUGCACAGAGCAGCAAGUCUUUAAGAUACUUGGGGCUGAUGAGAUGCGAUAAAGUCAACGAGGUGACGGUGGAGCAGCUGGUGCAGCAGUACCCGCACAUCACCUUCAGCACCGUCCUGCAGGACUGCAAGAGGACGCUGGAGAGGGCCUACCAGCUGGGCUGGACGCCCGGCGUGUCUGCCGCCUCCUCCUAGGGUGCGGAGCUGGGGCGGGUGGCCCCGGCCGAGGCGCGACUGUGCUGUGUCCCCGCGUGUGCCCCCGUGUGUGUCCGUGUCUCGUUUGCAUACUGCAUAGCGUCCACGCAGUUGCUAUUUGUUCCCAGGUGAGCUGGUCUUUUUUGUCUUAGAAAUGAAAGAUUUUGACAGGCACAGACCUUUAGUUUUUAAGUUCAAAGGUUUAUUUCUCUAAUUUUUUUUUUUUUACUGUGGAAUCAAAAAAAAAUAAAGGAUCCAUUAUUUUGAGCUUCUAAUUUCUGCCAGUGGAGAUGCCCCCAAGUGAAGGCAAGUGCCUUCUUUUUCGAUGAGAGGGGAUUGUGCAGCUCUGCGGAUGGUCACCAGAAGGGAGAGACGUGGCCCUAGUUGGAAGCCUGAGAACUACUGCUUUUCAGGAUUCCAAGCACAUCCACGGGUGUCGGUUCUCAUCCUGUCUCACACGUGUGCGCGCACACACACGCACGCACGCACUUUCUCCCUAGGCCUUUCUCCAGGCCCCGCCCUCCCCUGCCACUCCCCCUAGCGCCCCGCCCCCACGGGGCUCCCCACCUGCCGUCCAGGGGGCAGCUCAGGGACUAGAGAGAGCAGGGCCUUCUGUGAAGUUUCCGUGUGGAGUCGGCGAUCUGAACCCCGCUGGCCAGCUCAUGAAAGUUAAUUAUUCACUAUUCUGCCAAAUUCUCUGGAGUACUACGUAUUUGAGUUUUACGUUAACGUUUUAUUAGCUUUUAUUUCACGGAUAGUAACUGGUCUGGAUAUAUUUUAAUGAUAUUUGGAGCUAAUCUUAGCAUUAUCCACAUUAAAGUCACCAAUGUAAUUAACAGUGUGCAGUUACUAAAAAAAAACUCUACAGAUCAUUUAAUUAUUUUUGUUAAUUUGGUCAUUAUGAAAGUAUAUUUCUGAGAUUCGGGGCUAGUCACAUUAACAGAAGAUUAAUGAAUGAGCUAAAAGUAGACAAUCUUUCUAUUGAUUUUUCUUUUUGCUUUGCUUUGGGCUUUAGAACAGGUUUUUUUGGAGAUGUGCAUGUUAUAUUUUCACUAGUCCUUAUGCAAAGAUCUAUUGCUGGUUAAUGUAUGAGUUUAGAAGAAAAGUUAGAAAAUCUUUUCAUUAAGAUUCUGUUUACACUUGUCAGAAAUAAGCAUUUUUUUUUGUUUAGUUAAAGAUCUCCAGCUUUCAGUUUAGGCAAUACCUAUUAGUAAAUGAAUAUACGUUUUGAUUUCACACAUCUUUACAAUUAAUUCAUAGUAGGGACUCAGGCUCAUAAUAACCUUUCCUAAGUCUUGAUUUAUAAUCAAGACAGCAGGGAGCCUUUUUAAGCUAAAGCGUGAUUAUCUUUCACAGUAGUUAGAUAUACAAAACCCUGACUUGUGAGUUUGCUAUUUAUUCUUUCUCAAUGUGGACAUAACUGGUUUUUUUUUUUUUUUUUUUUUUUGGUCUUUAACAGAUAUACUCAGAUUUGAAUUUCACUUUAUAGAAGUCCCAGUGUUGCUAAAAUGAUACUAGCUGUAAGAAGUGAAAAAUAGCUUUACAUUCAAGUACCAUUCUCUUAUUUAUAAUAACUCUUUUUAUGUAAACAACUGUUUCCUUUGAUCAUGUCAACAUGUUUCUGAUGUGGCAUGUUUUUGCUUUUAAUUCCAGUCAGUUUGGAAAAUCUAGUCGCUAAACACCAAAAGUAUUUUUUCCAUCACUAAAUGGGUUACUAAUUUAAUUUGAAGGGAAUAAAAUUUAUGUAAGAAAAAAAGCUGUUUGCUAUUAAUAAAUUGUAAUUCUUCUUACACAUCCAACGGUAUCGUCUUCAUAUUCAUUUCCCCACCACUGAAAAAUAUCUUGUCACAAUAUUUUAACUGGUUUUUAAAUCCAAAACUAACUUAUAAGAUGACAUGUAUAGUAAUAGCUUGAGUGAAUAAGCAAAGUUUAAUUUUUAUAUAUGUCACACUAUAUUUUAAAUAGUUAAAAAGAAGAGGAGAGAGCCAGCAAUGAUAUAGAUGGUGCCAUUUCCGUUCAAAGUUGUAAUAAUCUUGGGAGCGUUACAGUUUGGUUGUCCAAUGGUUUCAGAAGUGUAUAACUGAUUUCUUUUUAAUGUUGCGUUGUUUGAAUCUGAAGCACAGCACUAUAACAUGCGUUAGCCUGGGGGGUGGGGGUGGGGUGGGCGACUUGCCCUUAUUCUUUAAGGUGUCGACUAAUCCAGAAAGCCGGACGCAUCAUAACCUGGAAAACUGCUUUGGUGUAUUUGUAGGGAUCUGUAGAAAUACCAUAUCCAGCCUCAAAGCACUAAUCAAAAACAACUGAGAAAACAUCACCUUGAAUGAUCCUGUGAUGGUUGUUGAAUGUGUUCUCAUUAGAUACUUUGAAACAAGGCUUAAAAUGAUUUUUUUCCUGGGCAAUCUAAAGUUUCUUUUUUUGCUUAGAAUGUCAUAAAUAUAUGUGAACAUGUUUAACGCAGGGCUUUUUAUCCUCUCCAAAAUGUCAACAGUAUUUUCAGAAUAAAGUCUAUAUGAAAUAUA